AUGGCGAUCUAUGAAUGGAAGAAGAAGAAGAAGAAGAAGAAGAAAAAUAAUGAGAAAGAUAGCGAUGCAGAACCAAUGGAAUCAAGAUUUGGUCAAUGGAGCUGCCUGUCGUUCAGCUCCUUCCCCACCGUGCUGGAAUUUCCAGCUUGGUUCCGAUAUGACAGCUCUUCAAUUCAGUUGAAGAAAAAAGCUGAUGGUAGAAUUGAUAGAUACAAAGCUUGUCUUGUUGCUCGUGGGUUCUCUCAGCAAUAUGGUCAAGACUAUGAUGAGACUUUUAGUCCGGUCGCAAGGAUGAGAGUUGGAUGUGAUAUUUUUAUGGAGCAACCACAAGGAUUUACCUCUAAAAAAUAUCUUGAUUAUGAGAGUUGGAUGUGA